AUGCCGAAACUGCGUACUUACAACAACUAUUUCAUAUUGGCUCUGGCAAUUGCGGACCUUUUGGUCGCAGUGGUUAACAUGCCACUCUUCGCUAUGGUCAUCAUUUUGGGACGCUGGCCGCUCGGGGUGAUCUUUUGUGAUAUGUUCUCCUUCAUGGACCAUGCUUUCUCCCAUGUCAGCAUCAUCCUCGUCGCCCUGAUAAGCAUCGACCGCUGCAUCGCUGUGUCUUAUCCUAUCCGUCAUCGUCUGACUUGGCGACGACGCUCUCGAGCGAUCCUGAUCAUCGCCGUAGGCUACAUCAUUCCCGUCAUCAUCUGGCUCCCCUUGACGGGCCUUUGGCAAGUAAUUCACGGUAUCGAUGAGCGACUUUUCCCGGAUAUCAAAGUUUCGUUGCUGGUUGUUUCGUCAUAG